CGGCAACCCAGUAAUCCUCUCGUCGAGACUCUCAUUGUUAAGCCCCGUUCACUCGUGGCAGCGAUAGAAGUGACACGAUGUCUCUGGAACUUUAAAACCGUUAUUAAUAGUGUCACUGAUAUAACUUGACGGGCAGGGCUCCAAAGUUGUGCGAUAAAAACGACUAUUUGGUAAAGGGGAAUCGAAAAUGGGUUUGAAAGGAUUUUGAAGUUUCCUCUCGAAUAAUAUGAUGAAACUUAUAACCGGGUGUCGAAGAGAUGAGUGAUCCGCCGACUAGAGUUGCAAUAAACAAGCCAAGGAAAUGAAAUGCAGAGCAACAACCAACCACGCCGUCCUCGCUAUAUCGCUCCUGUUCCUAAUCAAAUUGGCAGCCAGUUGCCCCAAUCCCUGCAUAUGCAAGUGGAAAUACGGCAAGCAAACGGUUGAAUGCAUAGACAAAGAUCUCCGUAUUAUACCCGAAGGCAUGGAACCAGCAACUCAAGUACUCGAAUUUCCAGGCAACAAUCUCCAGUCACUGCAGCCAAGGAUAUUCUGGGAUUUGGGUAUACCUAAUUUGCAGAAAAUUCAUCUAGCACGUUGUCGCAUUACGAGCAUAAGCGAUGGCACAUUCAAGGGCUUGAUAAACCUAGUGGAAUUAGAUCUAUCCGGGAAUUUGCUUGAAGCAAUUCCCUCAGGAAGCUUCAAAGACUGCCCAUCGUUAAUGAGACUAACUCUGAGCUCGAAUCCUAUAAAGGUGGUUCCCAGAGCAGCUUUCGGUCAUUUAACUCACCUACACACCCUCGAGCUGUCACGAUGUCUACUAUCCGAUAUUCAGGAGGGUGCGUUUCAAGGUCUAUACAGCCUGGAAUGGCUACAUUUGAACGAGAACCAACUAACAACUCUCAAAGGUCUAAAAUACUUUCCUAACACCUUGAAAGGAGUGCAGUUCCAGGAUAACCCUUGGACUUGCGACUGUCACUUGGUGGAGUUCCAAAAAUACGUGAAAGACACGAACACACCGACUCCAGCUUCCCCUGUAUGCACUGCACCACAGAGACUCGCUAAACAAAACCUCAAAACGGUAGCUUCAACUGAACUGGCCUGUCUUCCAGAAAUAUCACCAACAACUUUCUACUUGGAGGUUAGCGAAGGUCGCAACAUAUCUCUGGUUUGUCACACCAAGGCAACGCCUGAAGCUAAAGUGUCUUGGUGGUUCAAAGGACAAAUAAUACAGAAUGACACGAUGGUUGCCCCUGGUGUCCAUCUGAUGUACUUCAUUGAAGAAGGGUCCGAGAACAAACGCAGUGAGUUGUUCAUAUUUAACACAAAUGAGGAGGACAAUGGGACUUUUGUUUGUGCAGCGGAAAAUCAUGCAGGACUUGGCCAGGCCAAUUUCACCAUUAGGGUGGUUUUGAAGAGAGUGCACAGGGAUGUACGAAUGGAACCACAGCUGGAUAUAGUUUUGAUUUUGAUGUCUACAGCGGUUGUAACUGGUGUGUUGUUGCUAGGAGUUUUCUGUGUUUCCGUAGUGACUUGCCAGAGGAAUAAGAUGAGGAAGAAGAGGAACGAUUCCAAGGUGACCCUGAGCAAUUCGACGAAAGACAGUUUGCUGCAGGAUAGCAUAGAUGAUUAUCCGGAAAGUUUGAAAGGCGGCUCAAAGUUGGCGUGCCAUUACGAGGAAGAAAUGGAGUUGUGUAACUCCCAGUUGAAAAGCGACGUUCUGCAUUCCGCGUCUCCGAUUUCGACGUCUAAUCAGGCAAGGAGUCCCUCAUCCUUGAAACGCUAUAAUGCGGAACAGAACCCGGAUCUCAUCAACGGCACUGACGGUGUAUCGCAGACCUGGCAAUCGUCCAUCUCUAAGAGUCGUAUGCCCAAUUGUAGGACGGAUUUCCGAAGGAACGACUUCGGCUUGAGCCCGCUGAAUCCAAUCAAUCUAGUCGGGGAUGCUUCGGUUGAGCAAUUAAAUGUAAAUUGCUAUAAAACCCUUCCGUACAAGAGGGAGAAACCCGGCCUAGUUUGCAGGUAUUCGUUGGAGGCCGAGUUCAUCGCUCAGCCGGGCCAUUUGGAACCGUACGGGAAUCUUAGGUAUACCGCAGACGGUUAUCCUGUCCGGAGUCUGCCCUAUUUUCAGCCUUCUACGAUAGAGACGUGCUGUACGCCGAUAAGGUGGCCGCCAUGUUUGCCAGCCAACUUUGUCGAAGUCCAGGAGAACGUCUUGAUGAAGUGUGUUAGUGCUCAGACUGAAGAGGUUCAGCGCCAAGCCGAUGGAGCUGACCGAAUUGAAGAAGAAAUACAAGUGUUGGAUGAUAGUGAAGCCAGAGAUGUAUCUGAUGUUAAAUGUUAGGUCCCCUUAAAGAUUUACAUGUGAUGUAGUGUAUUGAUAUUCUACUUGUGGAAGCUUUAAUGAGUAUCUUCAACUUUUUAAUAAUGUUUUUGAUUCGAAUUCGAAUAUGAAUUUUUGAGUGAGAGUUGUAGUUGUCAACCAUAGAGUAAUA